AGCAGAUAUUCCAAUUCCCGUUUUUAAGAUUGUUCAACUGAAAUUAACCCGCAUCACUACUGACCUGAUCGCACCUCCCUGUGGUAGCCCUCCGUCUUCAACAUGCCCGGAAAGAGCUCCAAAUAUGCGGACAAAACGGAAGUACCAGACUCUGAAGACGACCUGUUGGCUUCUUCUCCCGAAAACGUAGGCGACAUAAAGCUGGGUUCUAGCACAGCAUCGGCGGAAGUAUCCGAACUCCCAGUCGAAGCUCAACCAGCGUCUGCUAUCGAGCCAAGAGAUGAACAAGUAUCAGAUACAAACUCGGUCACUCUUCCAAAAGACGAAAAAGUGCUCGAAAAAGGCGUGUCAACUAAUGAUCAGUCCAUUGUCAGUCCGACAGCACAACAACCGACAGCUACAGAAGAACGAACUGCUCCAGAAGAAGAUCCCCAGGAAAGCUCAUCUCUGAUGCCAAUGGAUCAACACGUAUCGGAUUCGCCCUUGGUAGUUCGAAGAGAAGAACAGGCAUCGCUCGCGGAUGAUAUGGUUCAAGAUGGCCACUCCGCUACAGCCUCAGCAGUAGAAGCACCAUCAGCCCCGGAAGAACCAGCUCCUGUGGAGCAUCUUCAGAGCAUUCCAGCUAUGCUGCCACUUGAUGGACAAGAACUGGACUCAAAUUCAGCUACUCGAGUUGAAGACCAGGCAUCACUUGUGGAGGACAUGCAAACUGAUGAUCAGUCCACUACUACCUCAACAGCAGAAGCACCUAAUGCUCCCGAAGAACCAGUCACUCAAAACGAAACUCCUACCCAUACAGCAUCAACUACCUACGAAGACUUAUCCCACGCCAGCUCAUCAUCUCCAAUGAGCAAGACCACUCCCCAAAAAACCACCAAGUCCCUCAAAUCCGACCCAGCCACCACCCUCACAACCCUAACCGCCGAACGCGACGGCCUCCUCGCCACCUUCGCCGCCCUCCCCACCAUCUCCCCCCUGCUCCGACAAUCCCCCUCCAGCUCCAAUUCCGUCGGCCCGGACCCCUCAACCGUCCUCCCCAUCGCCAAAGACCUCAUAACCACCCACAUCAAGCUCCUGCACACCUAUAAUGAGAUCAAGGACAUCGGGCAGGGGCUUAUGGGGCUACUGGCAGACCAGCGCGGGGUCAGGAUCAAGGAAGUGCAGGAGGAGUUUGGGGUCGGGGGGAAGGAUUGAGCGGUGGGUGGAUGUGCGAGGGGAUACGAGGGUCUGGACUCUGUGGCGUUUGAGAUUGGAGGGUGAAGACAUGGGAUGUGUGGGGAUGCUCACGUGGCGCCGGCGGAGUGGUGAUGACGCUUGACGUCAGGUGCUCGAUUUGAAGGCAUUUCUCUCAACUCUGCGAUAUCAAAGCUCAUCCAAUAUGGAGAGGGAGAAUAUCAUACCUCCUAUGAUAGUAGACCGAAGUGUUUCCUGCGUGAUGGUUGGUCGUCAUCUUAGCGUGCAUGAAUUCAUAAAUAUUCUCCAGCGAUUAA